GUCAAACAGCAUUUUCAAAGUUUCCGGGAAAGAAACGCAAGUAAACAGAACAGGUUGAAGAUGGACGUGAAUCAAACGUAACACAAACUACACAGGAAGCGAACGAUUUUAGCUUAAUAAUAUUUCUGGUUAUUUUUUAAAUUCGUAGAAAAGGAUUUGAAGCGUUUUGCCGCGAAACAAAAGGAAACUAAAAGGAAUCGAAUUUACAAAUAAAAAUAUUUUAUCCCAUAAUCAGAUGGGACAUCCUGACAAUCCUACAAUGACAAUUUCUGCAAUAGUUCUUUAUCUGAUUCUUCUGUCGCAUCAAACAGUGUCAGAGGAGCAGGUGCAGCAGAAUGUUAUCGUUGAGAAAGGCGAGAAUACUAUACUACAGUGUCAUGACCAGCCCGUUAAUGCGUCUUCAGUUCUUUAUCAUUGGAAGAAAGAUGGAGUUAUUGUUGCAACUCAAAACCCCUCGAAGCCAUCGGAGCAUCUUUCCAUUUUAAACAAUGGCUCUCUGAGGAUCAGUGGCCUUCAGUAUAUUGAUGAAGGCCUGUAUACAUGUGAAUGCCAAACAAAGGAUGACAGCUCAUGGCAAACUCACUCAAACAUCAUGCUUCAAGUUGCCGAUGGUCCAACAAUCAUAUCACUGGACAUAAGACCAGCAACUCUCCUAAAGAAUGGAACAUUAUAUGUCAAUAAAAGUUCAGAUGUGUAUUUUAAUUGCUCCAGUGUGUCUCGUCCCUCACAAAACUUGACAUGGACAGUUGAAAAUUUGGCGCAGGAUAAUCAUAACAGGGCGUCUGGGAGCGAAUCAACCCUUGAGUUCUCCAUAAGCAGAAUCCAGCCACUAGAUCAAGGGAUGUACACCUGUACAUCCCAGAAUACACUAUCCAAGACAACUGUGAACAAGAGCCAGGAACUCCUCGUUUACUAUGCUCCAGAGAGGCAUCCGGAGUGCAGUUGGGAGGUGACAAAGGAGCCAUCGGAUGUCUUGCUCAUAUGUACCUGGACUGAAGGUUACCCUGCGCCCACUCUGAGCUGGCACGAGGUCCUUGAAGAAUCUGUAAUAGCCAAGGGUCCCACGAUCAACUUCACGUCCCAGGGGACAGAACGCUUGGAGAUCCAUGUAAAUAGGUUUACAUUGCACGAAAAAGAGGAAGUGAAGUGUACUGGACAUCACGUGACUGGAGUGGAGAAAUCCUGCUCCAUUAACCUCAAGAUGCCGUAUCCAACUGGAGACCCCUUGGUAACAGCUCUGGACGGCAGUAAUAUCACCCUCAGCUGUAUUGAGACCAGCUCUCUCCCACCAGCUAAUACUGUCUGGAAGAAAAAGGACGAAGUCAUCAACAACACUUCUAAAUAUAAUGUGUCCAAAAAUGGACCCACAUACAAACUCACUAUAAUCAAUGUAACAAAGGACGAUGAAGGGGUCUACUACUGCUACAGUGAAAACCCCCUUGGUGCAAGAGAGCUGGAAGUGGUUCUAACUGUGAAGACCUCUGCAAGUAAUGGAGGGGCCAUAGUUGGCAUCUUUGUCUCCAUUUUGGUAAUGAUGAUAGGAAUCUCUGUCGGUGUGACCGUAUAUUCGAAGCGUGAUAGAAUUUGCAUUGGUUUAGGAUUUGGUCAUUUAGAUGAUGACAGAGGGGAUGUACUGAGUUUAGUGGACUCAGACGACGAGGAAAUUUUCCAUGAUUCUGUUCCACAACUCCCUCCGUUGACAAACGGACAUGCGACCACACUCGUAGAGAUUCACAGAAUCCCAUACAGUGAUCGUGACGAUAAUGCAGACAGUACGGAACACACCGAUCAAACUCAUCCAGAUCAAACAGAAUCAGAACAUCAGUCAGCAGACUAUUAAUGACCAAUUUAAAUAUACAGAAAAUAAUUUCUCCAAAAUUGUGAACUGUAUUAAAUUAUUUGUUUUUUGUGUGAUAUUAUGCUUGUAUAAUAUUUUAGCGAUCUGUGUAAAUAACUUCAAAUUUUAAAGAGGCCCUGUCUUUAUUUUCAGUAUUAGUUUUUAAUACACUGGCCUCAAAUAGUGAUAUUAAAUCUUUUACUACUUCACACUACAGUAUGUCAGUGAACUGUUACAGAAUGCUAUUGUUAAUGAAUUGGUUUUGAAUGAUUGCUUUCCAUAAAAAUGUAUAGGUGAAUAUGUAUGGGUCAUAUUUCAUGGCAAAAUAAUAAUAAAAAAAUGUAAGUAA